UCCGAUGUGGUUAGCAACGACAAUUGUCACUUGUAUUUGUUCUACUGGGUUAAUAUUGAUUGCUAUAGUGUCUAGCAUUGUUAGAAGAUAACUAAUACAUACUGGUUUUGAUGCUAUUGCUUGUACAUUGACUAGUUGUCUUACUACUUUUGGGUUGAAUUGUUUUCUAAACGAUAACAAAAUUUCAAAAUGCCGAAGAGGAGGGACAAAAAAUAUAACCCGUAUCGCCAGCCACCAAUCAGGCCGGUCCCGAAAGUAGAAGGAUACGACCGUGAGAUCGUCCCCAGGUCAGUUUGGGGAGCGAGACCCGCAGCCCAGCACCCCCCUAUGACGGCAACCUCCCUGCCUGUGGAGAACGUCAUCUUCACCUACUACACUCAGACAGAUGCCUGCGACAGCGAAGAGUCUUGUCAGAGGAUCAUGCGAGAGAUGCAGGAGUUACACAUAGCUCGAGGCCUGCCCGACAUUGCUUACAAUUUUGUCAUUGGAGGAGACCUGAAGAUUUACGAAGGAAGGGGGUGGGACUUGAGGCCAGAAUUGAAUGAAGUAUUUCCAACUUUUCAUGACAACAGUAUUGAGAUUGCCUUCAUAGGUGACCAUAGAGGUCUUUCGUUGGAAAACCCAAUGAAUAAACUCAUAAUAGAAGCUUUUCACGCUAUUGACAUCGGUACGAGACUGAAAAACGUGAUGGAACCGUUUCGACUUAAGGAAACUACGCCGAAACUGAGAAUUGAAACUAUGGGCGAUGACGAGAGAUCCUGGAAACCUGUGAGAAAAUGCGAUGUCACUAUAGAAGACCCUAUAGACAAAGCAGACAAUUAUUGAUGAUGUCG